AUGGCCGUCAAAUUUCCCUUACAGAAGGGGUACUUUCUUGGCACGAGAAAGACUUUACGUUGUGCGCCACUCCUCGCAGCGUCCCAGGGAGCAAGCAAGAGGAACAACGAUUGUGUCAGUGAUCUUAUCAAACAUGAUGUUAAUGUUGGUGUACAGAUUAAGAAGUCAGGCAAAUCGGCAUCGCACCCGGCUGUCGAGAACGACCAGAUGGAGGGCUACGUCAGGCUCAUUUGGCUGCUGGUACAUGCCGGAGCCGGAAUUAUUAUGUCUGAUAAGAAUGGAGAUUUUCUACUGACCAAAGUCUUCUUCGGGGUGGGGUCUCUGCCGUUGAAAAAGUAUCGUCUCGGGACCUUGGUCGUACUUCUCCGGACGGCGCAGAGCCGAACUUACAUGCCUGCGGUACAGGCAAUAUACCUUUGCAUUUGCAUGUGCGGCGGCAAGACAAGUGGGCUGUCGUUAUGCUUCUUGACAAAGGGGCAGAUGUCGACGCAGGGCUUCUUCCGGUGA